AUGGUUGGCGGUGCCCCUGUUUCUGCCAACCCCCUCAAGCUCGACGUGCUAAGUCACAGGAAAUGUCUUGCCAUAUGUGCGGUCGCUACUAUGGCCACGUUCCAAUAUGGCCUUGACUACGCACUCGUGGGCGGGUUCCUCUCAAUGCCCGGCUUUCUUGAAGUCUUCGGGUAUUACUCAGAGGAACUGGGCAGGUGGAAUAUUGACCCUACUGUCCAGCAACUGAUAUCGUCGUUGAUGACGAUCGGGACUUUUGUUUCUUCGCUGCUGGUCGGGCCGUUCAGCAUGAAAUUUGGGAGAAGGCAUGGCCUAUGGGCAGCUACAAUCCUCAACUUCGUGGCCACCAGCAUCCAACUGGGGACGAGGAGCAAGGCGGCGCUUUAUGUCGCCCGUCUGAUUUUGGGUGUCUCCGUCGGCUGGUUUCUCACCUUUGCCCAGCUCUACGUUCAUGAAGCCGCCCCCGCGCAUUUGCGAGGCAUUGCUUUCGCGGUGUAUCAAGUUAUGCUUUCCAUUGGGUCCAUUGUUGGGGCCGCUGUCGACUUCGGGACGCAUACGAAGGACGGCCGAGAUGCAUAUCAAAUCCCCUUGGCAAUUUUCUUUGUGGCUCCCACUCUACAAGCCAUCCUCCUCUUCUUCUUCGCGCCUGAGUCGCCAAGGUGGCUGAUGGUCCAGCGCAAGGAGGAGGCUGCCGAGGCUUCGUUGCGGAAACUUCGAAACUCGAAUAUCGACGAACUAGAGUUCCAAGCCGAGUUGAACGAGAUCCGACAGUCAACCAGGGAGCAAUUAGAGCAGAACAAGAAGGCUCUGUUCCUGGAGAUGUGGCGGGGCACGAAUUUGCGUCGGACUCUCCUCUCUAUCGCCGUCGUAUGUUUUCAUUCGGCCAACGGAUCCAGCUGGGUUAACACCUUCACCACAUAUUAUUUACAGAUGGCGGGUGUUAAGAACCCUUUCGCCUACUCCGUCUUGGUCACUUGCACCGGCUUGAUCGGUGUGCUUGUCAGUUUCUUCUUCGUACGACUGAUCGAUCGACGCGUGGUGCUCUUGAUUGGCCUUACGGCUUGUGCCAUCUGUCAGCUAAUCCCGGCGAUUGUCUGGAGCGCAAGUCCUGGAAGUGCGUCGACAGGAAAAGUGGUUGUCGCGUUCAUCGCCCUCUUCACAUUCUUCUAUGUUGCCUACGCUCCUUAUGCAUGGCUCUUGGGUGGCGAGUACGUCAACAAUCAACUGCGUGCGUUCACGUUCGGUCUGGCCACCGCGAUGAACUUUCUUGGCAACUGGGCGGGGACCUUUUCCGCUCCUUACUUCAUAAACCCCGCCAAGUUUGGCUGGAGUGCCAAGUACGGAUACAUAUGGUUCGGAAGCAACAUGAUCUGCGUUGUUUUCACCUAUUUCUUCCUACCCGAGACGCGAGACCGUACGCUGGAGGAGAUCCACGAGAUGUUCGAGGCGAGGCUGCCGGCAAGGAAGUUCAAGGGCUAUGUCUGUACUGGAGUGGAGAGCUACGCGGCAGAGGCAAUGGGCAAGGACUUGGGAGAGAUGAAGAACGUCAGUCAUACAUCUCAUGUGGAGGAGUUGCGAGAGGCGUGA